AUGGCUGCUCGUCAGACAGUUUGUGGGAUUGGUUUCAGGUUUUAACCUUUCUUUGAUGCGGCGGUCGGAUUUACUGCUUCGUUUGUGCAGUCGCCGUUCGAAUCAUUUUGAAGCGGCGAGCGUGAGAGGAGGGUGUCAUGGCGAAUGAAAACAGGAGGCAGUUCUGGAAGCGGAACAGCAAGGUUCCCGGAAGUAUACAACAAGUUUAUGGAGCACAGCAUCCCCCAUUUGAUCCCCGGCUACACAAAAACUUACUUAAAGAAGGUUCCAAGAUGUACACACAGUCAAAGUCAAAGAGAGCGUCAAGUUUCCAUGAGUUUGCAAAAAGCACCAGUGAUGCUUGGGACAUUGGGGAUGAUGAAGAAGAGGAGUUCAUGGCUGUUGCUUCCCAAAGUCUCAAUUCAAAGGUUGCAAUGGCAACAGCAGCUCAGGUCAUUCAGAACCACAAUAAAUUAAUGGACCAGCCAGGAGAAAAAUUGCAUCAAUCGGAAUCAAUCGAUGAGGCUAAAACAAAUGGCAAGGUGGUCAAAUCAAACAGUGAAGUACAACUGUCAAAGUCUUCAGGUGUCUCUUUAGGCAGAAUAACACUCCAGAAACAACAGUCACUCCCUUCACGGCCUCUUAUUCCAUUAGUUGCAAGAAUUUCAGAUCAGAAUGCAUCAGGAGCUCCACAAAUGACCAUAAGAGAAAAAUCUCGCCAUGAAAAGUUCAAGCAGCUUUUAAGCAGUGCACAUACUGAUUUGGAAGAACUGAGGAAGUACAGCUGGUCCGGUGUUCCACGAGACGUUCGUUCUGUUACGUGGAGACUACUGUCGGGAUAUCUGCCUGCAAAUAUGGAAAGAAGGGAAAUCACUUUACAGCGAAAGCGGGAAGAGUAUUUUGGGUUUAUUGAACAAUAUUAUGAUUCCAGAAAUGAAGAACAUCACCAAGAUACCUAUCGACAGAUUCACAUUGACAUUCCUCGAACUAAUCCUCUUAUUCCUCUCUUUCAACAACCUUCUGUUCAAGAGAUCUUUGAACGAAUUCUCUUCAUAUGGGCCAUUCGACAUCCAGCAAGUGGUUAUGUUCAAGGAAUUAAUGACCUAGUUACUCCUUUCUUCGUGGUAUUCCUUUCAGAGCAUGUGGAAGAAGAUGUAGAAAAUUUCGAUGUAACAAACCUGUCCGAAGAUGUGCAACGGAACAUUGAAGCUGACAGUUUCUGGUGUAUGAGCAAGCUAUUGGAUGGAAUACAGGACAAUUACACUUUUGCACAACCAGGGAUUCAGAAGAAAGUAAAAGCACUUGAAGAACUCAUCAGUAGAAUUGAUGAGCAAGUCCACAUUCACUUCCGGAAAUAUGAGGUAGAAUACUUGCAGUUCGCAUUCCGCUGGAUGAAUAACUUGUUGAUGCGGGAGCUGCCACUCCGAUGCACCAUCCGUCUUUGGGACACAUAUCAGUCAGAGCCAGAGGGAUUUUCUCAUUUCCACUUGUAUGUCUGUGCUGCUUUCCUCAUCAAAUGGAGGAAAGAAAUUUUGGAAGAAGAUGACUUUCAAGGUCUACUGAUGUUGUUGCAGAAUCUACCUACAAUCCAUUGGGGUAAUGAAGAAGUUGGUCUACUCCUAGCAGAAGCGUACAGACUUAACAAAAACAGAACAUGCUGGAAAUAUUCACCAGGUCAGGCAGCAUCUGUGGAAAGUGAGAGUCUAUGUUUCAGUUCGAUGACCUUCCAUCAAAAUUAUCUGAUGAAUGGCUAUCAAUCUGAAAUAUUAAUUCAUUUUCCAUCUGUAAUUUUUUGCUUUUUGAUUAUUGUGCUUUAAUUUCUUGUUUUUCAAAAGGAAUAAUGAAUGGGCAGAUUAUUUCCUGAGCUAUUAUGUAAAUGUGUAAAUUCAUGAAUAUAUUUGUAGUCUUAAUACCUGGUUCUGCUUCCAUUUUUAUAUUUGCUUACAGAUUAUUGCAUUAUGGUUAAGGUCAAGCACAUGGAUCAAAGCACAAUUAAUUUCUUUGAUUACGUUUAGUUGGUAGCCAGUGUAUAGUUUUUUUUUGCCCCAAAAACAGCUCCCCUGGCAUCCCUGUUGCUGCUGAUCUCAGAAGUGAUUCGCCACUGUAAGGAGGGCUAAAAUUGAAAUAAAAGCUACCUUGGUAAUUGAAUGCAAUGACGAAAAUUUGGGAAUAGCUGCCUGCCAUUGUAGCUAGAAAAUAGUUUAUCUGGUUUAAGGGUUAAAUACUGUUUUAAACUGGCAAAUGAAUACACUGUUGUAAUGCUGCAGAUGCUUUCAUUCAUUUGUGAAGAAGGGAACUAGUUAAAUCAGUAUUACAAUCGUAUAUGUGAUGCUGAUCCAUAUGCUGUUGGGUAAAUUUGGUUCCCUGGUCAGGAAUUAGGGAAGUAAGUGGCAUUUUAGCAUUUUGAAACAGAUGAGUUCCAUGAUGAAAAUGUGAGCAGAAACAACUCAUAGAACAUACAAACUCAUGUACCUUUGCUAAUUUUCUGAAUUGUACAGGUGUGGUAAUAUUUUGCCACAAUUGUAUUUGAUAUCUGGAAUUGUAAAUAUUAGCACUGUGUGUAUGACUGAAAAGCUUACAGCUACACUAUCAAAAACCAGAAAGAUGUUGCAUGGUUUAUCAACAAUUUCUUUAGACCUUCUGGAUAUAAGUGAAUUAUAACUGUGACUUUCCACCUUUUCACUGUGUGAGGUUUUAAUAUGAUAUGAGCUGUCAAAAUGGCACAACUUGUUGUCAUUUCUUGUGCAAUAGGUCCAAAUGACAUGUUUUUUUAUGUGCAUUGUGCAUUAGCAGUUAUAGUCCUGUUUUGGAAAUUACAUAAUACAAGAUGUUUCAUUUAAAUAGUUUAACAUAAAAUUGCAGAACCACAUAAUGUAGCAAGAACAUUCGUACAGCAGUGAGGAAAUUAAUACACAAGCCCUUUGGACGUUACUGUUUCUGAAAAAUGCCAAAUUUUUUAAACCAUGUUUUUUUUAAUGCUUCUGUAGUCAGUGUUAUUACGAGGCUUUAAGAAUUAAA